GACUCUGCUAGAGUUGCUAGUAGGGAGCCGGCCAAAAAGGGACUUGGGAACAGACUGCUUUCCCAGUUCUUGUAGAUUCUCAACAUAGUUAAUCCCCGCCCUGCCCCCCCUUCACCCUCAGCUGCUGUGGAGAUUAGUUUAAAGCGAGGACUCUCUUUAAAGCACUAUGAAGCAACUACUUUCCCAGGGGCACCAGCCCCUCUGCUCUUACCGUGUCCGAAGCCAACAUGUCACUGAAAAAUGAAUCAAAGGUGAACACGUCUGCACUGAGGAAAAUCGCUGCUGACAUGAGUAAUUUGAUAGAAAAUCUGGACACGAGAGAGCUCCACUUUGAGGGAGAAGAGGUGGAGUUCGAUGUGUCUCCAGGUGAUCCCAAGACACAGGAAGUGAAUAUCCCAUUCUCUGCUAUUUAUGAGACUCAAGGAUUUAAGGAACCUAACAUACAGACAUACCUCUCCGGCUGUCCAAUAAAAGCUCAAGUUCUGGAAGUGGAGCGCUUUACAUCUGCAGGAAAGGAUCCAAAUAUCAAAUUUUACACUAUUGAAUUAACACAUGGGGAAUUUAAAUGGCAAGUGAAGAGGAAAUACAAGCACUUUGAAGAAUUUCACAGAGAACUUCUCAGAUACAAAGCCUUCAUCCGAAUCCCCAUUCCCACCAAAAGACACACAUUUAGAAGACAAAAUGUCAAAGGGGAGGAGCCUCGAGAUAUGCCAAGUUUGCCCCGUUCAUCUGAAAACAAGGACAGAGAGGAACCGUUCCAUAGUAAAAGGAAACAACUAGAAGACUACUUGACAAAAUUACUGAAAAUGCCUAUGUAUAAAAAUUAUCAUGCAACAACAGAAUUUCUUGAUAUAAGCCAGCUGUCAUUCAUCCAUGAUUUGGGACCAAAGGGCCUAGAAGGUAUGAUAAUGAAAAGAUCUGGAGGACACAGAAUACCUGGUUUGAAUUGCUGUGGUCACGGAAGAGCCUGCUACCGGUGGUCAAAAAGGUGGUUGAUAGUGAAAGAUUCCUUUUUACUGUAUAUGAAACCAGACAGUGGUGCUAUAGCUUUCGUCCUGCUGGUGGAUAAAGAAUUCAGCAUUAAGGUGGGACGGAAGGAAACAGAGACAAAGUAUGGACUCCGAAUUGAUAAUCUUUCAAGAACACUUAUUUUAAAAUGCAAUAGCUAUAGACAUGCUCGGUGGUGGGGAGGAGCUAUAGAAGAAUUCAUCCAGAAACAUGGCACCAACUUUCUCAAAGAGCAUCGAUUUGGGUCAUAUGCUGCUGUCCAAGAGAACACUUUAGCCAAAUGGUAUGUUAAUGCCAAAGGAUACUUUGAAGAUGUGGCCAAUGCAAUGGAAGAGGCAAAGGAAGAGAUUUUUAUCACAGAUUGGUGGUUGAGUCCAGAAAUCUUCCUGAAACGCCCGGUGGUUGAAGGAAAUCGUUGGAGGUUGGACUGCAUUCUUAAACGAAAAGCACAACAGGGGGUGAGGAUCUUCAUAAUGCUAUACAAAGAGGUAGAACUUGCUCUUGGAAUCAACAGUGAAUACAGCAAGAGAACUUUAAUGCGUCUGCACCCUAACAUAAAGGUGAUGAGGCACCCCGAUCAUGUGUCAUCCUCUGUUUACCUGUGGGCUCAUCAUGAGAAACUUGUCGUCAUUGACCAGUCAGUGGCCUUUGUUGGCGGGAUUGACCUGGCCUAUGGAAGGUGGGAUGACAAUGAACACAGACUCACGGAUGUUGGCAGUGUGAAGCGUGUUCCUGUGGGGCAAAUCCUGGGUUCCCUCACGGGUGAAACAACAGAGUCCAUGGAAUCCUUAAGCAACAAAUAUAAAAAUGAACCCAGUAAAAAUCUGCCCAGCCCAAAGAGAGAUGAAAUGGAUUCAAAACUGAAAGGAAUAGGAAAGCCCAGUAAAUUAGCCAAAUUCAGCCUCUACAGGCAGCUUCACAAGCACCAGCUGCACAAUGCAGACAGCGUCAGCAGCAUUGACACCAUCUCCAGUUAUUGUAAUCACUGUAGAAGUCGUCAGAAUUUAAUCCAUGGUCUAAAACCCCACUUGAAACUCUUUCACUCUUCCAAUGGUUCUGAGCAGGGACUCGCUAGACCUAACACGGACACCAGCUCCGUCCGCAGUUUACAGACAGGUGUGGGAGAGCUGCACGGGGAGACCAGGUUCUGGCAUGGAAAGGACUACUGCAAUUUUGUCUUCAAAGAUUGGGUUCAACUUGAUAAACCUUUUGCUGAUUUCAUUGACAGGUACACCACUCCCCGGAUGCCCUGGCACGACAUUGCCUCUGCAGUCCAUGGGAAGGCGGCUCGUGACGUGGCGCGUCACUUCAUUCAACGCUGGAAUUUCACGAAGAUUAUGAAAUCAAAAUAUCGGUCCCUUUCUUAUCCUUUUCUCCUUCCAAAAUCUCAAGCAACAGCCCACGAAUUGAAAUACCAAGUACCUGGGUCUGUCCAUGCUAACGUACAGUUGCUACGCUCUGCGGCUGACUGGUCUGCUGGGAUAAAGUACCAUGAAGAGUCCAUCCACACGGCUUACGUCAAUGUGAUAGAGCAUAGCAAGCACUACAUCUACAUAGAAAACCAGUUUUUCAUAAGCUGUGCUGAUGACAAAGUUGUGUUCAACAAGGUUGGUGAUGCCAUUGCCCAGAGGAUACUGAAAGCCCACAGGGAAGGCCAGAGAUACCGGGUGUAUGUUGUGAUACCACUUCUGCCAGGUUUUGAAGGAGACAUUUCAACCGGUGGAGGAAAUGCUCUACAAGCAAUAAUGCACUUCAACUACAGAACCAUGUGCAGAGGAGAAAAUUCCAUCCUCGGACAGUUAAAAGAAAAGCUUGGUAACCAGUGGAUAAAUUACAUAUCAUUCUGUGGCCUUAGAACACACUCAACACUAGAAGGAAACCUAGUGACUGAGCUAAUCUAUGUCCACAGCAAGUUGCUAAUUGCUGAUGACAACACUGUUAUUAUCGGCUCUGCCAACAUAAAUGACCGAAGCAUGCUGGGAAAGCGAGACAGUGAAAUGGCUGUUAUAGUGCAGGACACGGAGAUGGUCCCUUCAGUGAUGGAUGGAGAAGAGUAUCAGGCUGGCCGGUUUGCCCAAGGACUUCGGCUGCAGUGCUUUAGGGUUGUCCUUGGUUAUCUUUCUGACCCAAGUGAGGACAUUCAGGAUCCAGUAAGUGACAAAUUCUUCAAGGAAGUGUGGAUUUCAACGGCAGCUCGAAAUGCUACAAUUUAUGAUAAGGUGUUCCGGUGCCUCCCCAGUGACGAAGUACACAAUUUAAUUCAGCUGAGAGACUUCAUCAACAAGCCCAUACUAGCAAAGGAAGAUCCCGUUCGAGCUGAGGAAGAACUGAAAAAGAUCCGCGGCUUCUUGGUUCAAUUCCCCUUUUAUUUCUUGGCUACAGAAAGCCUGCUACCUUCUGUUGGAACUAAAGAAGCCAUCGUGCCUAUGGAGGUUUGGACUUAAGAGCUGUGUUUGUUUGCAACUCAAGGACUUCCUGAAGAGUACACUGCACACAGUGAUUUUCUGGAGACCUAACAUCCAAACUCAGUGCCCAUGCACUCUUGUACCCAAGCAUGGAGCCUUUGGAUUGCCAGGCAGCCCUGCAAUCUUGCUGUUGUAAGGACACACAACAUCAGCAGGGCUGUCGUUCCUGACCCUGUCCUUAUGAAAAGGGGACUGAGUACUUCUUGAUAGCACACACUCAACAACUUAAACACAUACUCAGACGCCAUGCUGUGCACCAAAGUGCAUUUCCUUUGCUAACAAGAAUUUAACUUUAACUGUGGUCUAGGUUGCUAAAAGUCAUCUGAACCUCCUUAUUCAUCUCUGACCUUCAUUUAUGCAGCUCAUGUCUGCAGACCUGCCCUCAUCUCAUGGUCCAUACAGAACUGUUUGAGAGAGUUUAUUGCUAGAAGAUGCUGUGAUAGUCCUUCAAGGUUCUUCAGGGUAACUUGGGCUGCUUUGACCUCAGGUCCUGUAGGAUGUGGUCACUAUUCCAGUGACUGGAAGGACAGGCCAGAUAUUGGGAACCCAGCAGCCCGUGUCAGGCUCUUCUGAUAACAUUGACACUGUAUAUCUUGACACCACAGAGCAACAGGAAGGAAUUAAAUUCAGUUGUUGAGGCAGAGAUUUAAUUGUGUCUUCAAAGACACUGACAAGAUGUAUCCUUUUGAUAGGACCCACUGAUCAAAUUUGAAAAUAUGUAUAGGAUAUUUUAUUACAAAGUAAAUGACAAAACUCAAAGGCAGAACAUGCGGCCUUCAGAAACCUCCAAGGGGGUGGUAGGAUCUGAUCCAGAUAAGAAAGGAAGAUUCCUUCUAGUCUCAUAAAAUUUCCUGUCAUCUUUAGCUGCUGGAUUGAUUGAAAUUUGAGUUUCCAUAUUUCAAAAUCAAACCAGAAAAGCAAUUUGUCUUGCAAGAGAAUCAGUGCCUUCAUCACUCCACUCCUACCAAGUUAAUAAGUCUAACCUUAGUUGACAUUCAACUCUCCAGCUACUUUUAUCUUCUUUAGGAAACUAUUAAUCUAUUAUCUAUUUAUAAACUAUUUAUCUUCUUUAGGAAACUAUUAACUAAUUAUAAAAUAUAUGCUACUUUGCUUGUAUUAUUAAUAAUUAGUCAUCAUUAAUAUAUAUUAACAUUCCACCAAGGCUUCUGACGAGGUGAGAAUAUUUAUUAAUUCACUUUGUCCUAUUGUCUGUGAAUUGUUCUGGAAAUGUAUUUCCCCUUUUUGGAUGUUAGCAUAUCAUUUGGUGUAUCGUAGCUCUAAUUUUACUAAGACAACUGUUCCUAUAGCCUGAGGAGCUAAUAUGUUUCUCAAAUGACCUGUACCCUUCAAACAUGGCAUGCGUGGCAUGAUUACAUGUCUGUGGAUUACCUACAUGGAAUCUCAUUUGGGUUUUUCUUCAAAAAAAGUGAGGCCCCAACCCUUGUUUUCAUGGAGCUAAUAGUGCCGUGGGAAGGCUAAACAGAACUCAAAGUUGGUGAUCUGGGUUAACAGGAGAGAGACAGUGUCACAUCCAAGAUAGGAUCAUAGCUAGUAGAGAAAACACAUUUUGCAUUUCACAAAUGAGGUGGGAUCAUGUAACCAACAAUUGAAAUAAAUGUGCUUUUAUUUAUGGAUAAAUUAUCAGAUGACUGAGAUAUUUGCUAUUUAUGAAAGAAGUUUAGAUUGGUAUUGAAAAUGUUGUAUGUGUAUGGAAUAGCCAAGGAUUUCUCAUCUUUUUUAAUUCUGUCAUUUUUUAUUGAGAUAACAUGGGUUUACAACACUGUAUAUGAUUUAGAGGUCCAGGUUCACAUCUCUGCAUGCAGUUAGCACACCAUAGCCACCACCAAUAAUCCUCCACCACAGUCCACUGGGCCCCCCACUUUUUAAAAAUAUAGAAGUCAACAAAGUGGCUCUCAACUUUGACGAGAUGCCUCUAUAAAACUAUUAAAAGCAUGAAAAGACCCAUUCUCUUUUAAAAAAAUCACUUAAUCCAAAAAUCACUUAAUCUGCAUUGUACAGAUGAUUAAAUGAGACCCAAACGGCUGAAGUACACUUGAGUUUACCCAACUUCAGAUGGUAGGAUUGAGACUAAUGAAACUGUCUCAAAAAUGCAGUCCAUGAUUGAUGUUUUUCACUUCAUCAUUGCCCCUAAAUGAGAAGAUGCAGCAAGUAGAGAUAUUCGGCAGGAUAUCUUGGAACCAUUUAUAUCUGGUGAUAUUAUGCAUUUGUGCUUAUCCAUGUUUCCCUACUAGAAUAUAAAUCUCCCAGGUCAGGGACUUUCACUUGCAGACUAUGCCCAGGGCCUAGAACAAUGCCUGGCACAUAGGAGCUACUCAGUAAAUGUUGGAUGAAUAAACAAGAUGGAGAAGAGAGCUAGAGAAAUGAAAAACUUAAGGAGUUUCAGCCAUAGACACUGCUGGUUUCUGUGGAAUUUUUUUUUCUCUACUGCCUCUUCUAAAAGGCAAGGUGCUCAUCCCCAAAUAUGAGAAGCCACAAGAUUUACUUAGAUGGAUUUUAUGGAAAAUUCAGUGCAUUAAUUGCCUGUUUUGCAAUAGCAGUUUACAUAAUGCAGCAUUCUACAAAACUCAUAUGGCGUGUGGACACGAGAUGUACUGUCUGGUCUAAUGACCUGCGUUGUCUGACAACGCUACUACCAAUACAAGUUCAAAUAAUUUAUCUUUAAUAUCACAAUGCCUGAUAUAAACUUCAAAAUGUAAUUCAAAACCUUGAAAAACUAUAAUGAAUCUGUUCAGCCUUUCGAGUUCACUAUAAUAUUUUGAAAUGUCUAUAAAUGCUAUAUCUCACAGUCUGAUAAUCGUUAUAAUAAUUUUUUAUUUUCAAGAGGGAAAAUGUCUGAGAUUAUAUGAAAUACAGGGUAAAAAGUCAUCAUAGCCUAUUAAAAGUAUACAGGUUCACCAAUCUUAGUGAGAGGAUCCUCUGAACAUACCAAGUCUGGUACAGACAUUGGCUCUGUAGCAAGUGUCUGCCCAGCAACUCACUCUUUCACUGGGAUGUUGUGAAAUACAUUAUAGAAUGGUCUGGAAAGUUGAUGCUUAAAUAACUGAAUGACAUACAGUAAAACAAAAUAAGGGUUUUAUUUUAAUAGCACCUUUGGGGAAAAUUUUGUUGAUACAUAUCAAAAAACCUAACAGUUAAUCUGUGUAAUAAUGUGGAAAAUUAUCAUAUAUCAUGAAUUACAGUCUUCCAGAAGAAAACAGUGAGAAGCAAUUUUGCAGAUAUAAGACCACACAAAGCAGAUUUUAUGUCUGUCACAAAGAACUUCUACUUCUCUCUUCAUCGUCUCAUCGUCUCAUUUGUUACUCCUUCAAUCUGCAUCUCCAGCCAGAAUACCUCCUUAAUAUGUAAACCAUUUCAGAGGACAAGAAAAAGUUUUCUGGAACAAAAUUAGGCCUCUACAAUAAAUCUUCUGUUUAAUUCACCUUAAAAGUGACUGACAAAAUAUUGUCAUUUCUUUACCAAGGUAAUCCUUUUUAACACCACUCAUCUGUCUGGUACUUGAGAAUUUUCCGAUGCCUGUCACUCUCUAUAUCGGGGUGAAGAAGACACUUCAUGUCUUCUUGUCUCUCCCCACUGUCUCUUGUAUAAA